AUGGUCGGCGGAACCUCUGCCAGCAGUCCGAUCGUUGCUGGUCUGGUGGCGUUGAUCAAUGGAGAGAGGUUGGAUGCUGCUUUGCCGCCCUUGGGAUUCUUGAAUCCGCUCUUGUAUUCCACUUAUCAGCGCUGGCCGGAGAUCGUCCAAGACGUGCGU